AUGGCGGCAGCCCAGCCCAGACACCUCCUCGGGUCCGGCCAAACCAGUUCUGGCGGCCGCUCCCAGCUCCACCUCACCACGCUGGCAUCCCAGCCGGGGCGGCCGCGCCGGCAGGCCAGGGGCGAGGGAGCCGGCACCCACACCCGCCGUGGGAACUGCCGCGAGCCCGCCCGCCGGCACGGCCCCCCACGCAGCAGUGCCACCCGGCACCCCUGCCAGGCCACCGGUGCCAUCGUCCAGGAGGUGCCGCAGCCCUCGGAGGCUGUGCGUUCCUCCCGCCCGCAGGUGGCGCCCCCGCCCGCCCGCGGCAGCGAGGGGAGCGGCGCGCGGCCGGAAGCGCCGCGUCACGUGGCCGCACCCGGAAGCGGCGGGCGAGCGGCGGGGCCGGCGGCGAUGAGCGGCGGGGCCGAGGCGGCGGCAGCAGCCGGGGAAGGGGCCGGGGCUGGGGCCGAGCGGCGGGUCCGCAUCGUGGUGGAGUACUGCGAGCCCUGCGGCUUCGAGCCCACGUACCAGGAGCUGGCGAGCGCCGUCAAGGAGGAGUACCCCGACAUCGAGAUUGAGUCCAGGCUGGGGGGCACAGGUGCCUUUGAGAUUGAGAUCAACGGGCAGCUGGUCUUCUCCAAGCUGGAGAACGGAGGCUUUCCCUACGAAAAGGACCUGAUUGAAGCGAUUCGCAGAGCGAGGAAUGGGGAACCACUGGAGAAAAUCACCAACAGCCGCCCCCCCUGCGUCAUCCUGUAGCCCUGUGCCCUGCUGGCAUCUCCCAGUGCCCGCAGUGUCCCCCUGCUUCGCUCCUCGCUGCCUUCGUUAGCUUCCUGUGAGAGCAGGGACGUCGGGGGAACACGAGAGCAUAAGGAGCCUCCCGGGGAACAGCACUGGGGGUGAGAACUGGCAUGGGCAGAGCUCUGGUACUGGUGUCACUGGGGGGGCUGGUUUGGCCCAUCCCUUUGGGUUGUGUCCCUGCCGUGCCUGACCUGCUGUGGGGGGUAGCUGCGGCGUGGGGCGCCUUUGCCUUCCCCCUUCCCCUGCGCUCGCUUCCCCGCAGCGCAGGGGGCUCUCCUCUCCCCUCCCUCAGCUAGUGGGGAUUUGGGGGACCCCCCUGAACACUACUCAGCCCUCGGGGGAGCCGGGCCAGGCGUUGGAGGGGAUUUUGCAGCUCCAAACCUCCCGGCAGGUUAAUGCAGAGGAAAAACCACUUGCUGUAAACUUGAGCGUGAUUUGUUAAUGAUUAAAGUCUCUCUUUGUCACUGUUUAAACCAGUGUGAGGGCAGCCGGGACCGGCUGCCCUGGCCGGGCAUGGGAACCCCGGCUCGGCUGCAUCCCCACGGCCAAGAAAUUUAUUUAAUGGCCACAAGCUUCCCCCACGUCCCCGUUCUCAGGCUUUCAGCUCUUGCUUUCCGCUUGUAAUGACUCUGCCCUUCGCCACGGGGUGGCUGAGCCGGCGGAGGGGCCCCCUAUUUAUUCUAUACUGUGUAUAAACCCAAUGGCCCGGUGCUAAAUAAAGGACAAAGGAAAAUGUG